UGAGGUCAAUCUGCCAGGCGUAACAUGCUCACUGACUUCAAAACCCCCGAGCCCUCUCCCGAGACGCCUCAGCCACCAUGUUGAGGCUACACUGGAGCAUACUGAUAGCUUUCUGCGUUCCUGCACUUGCGCAUUUCACCUUAGAUUACCCAACAGCACGAGGAUUUGACGAGGACAUUGAGCCCCAAUUCUGCGGAGGGUUCGCUAAUGUCGGCUCGCCUUCGACGACACCAGGCGAACGCCAGCCUUUCUCGCUCGGCCAAUCCGUGCUCAACAUCGACAGUCACCACAACACUGCUCAGGUUGCAUUGACGCUAUCGUAUGCGCAGGCUCCCACAGCCUUUUCAGACUUCAACGUCAGCAUCUCGCCCUCAUUCACCCUACAAGGACAGGGCAAUUGGUCCUUCCCCGUAGAUCUCGGCACACUCAGUCCCGCGCCCGUCAAUGGCACGAACGCGACCAUUCAGAUCUUCUUCAAUGGUGGCGAUGGCGCAUUAUACCAGUGUUCGGACGUCGUUCUGCUGAGCGGCUUCACGACGCCGAGCGAUGUUUCGACUACCAACUCGACACAGACGGGCACUUCAGAUGCGCCCGCGUCUUCAUCGAGCUCGACACCGAGCAGCGGUGCAUCUUUACUUAUGACAGGCUCGUUGAUGACCUUUACCGCGGUCGGCGCGUCUGUCCUGCUGUUGGCCUAGCCAGAGACCGAAUGUGCUAGCUGCAGUUCAGAUCGUACAAACAAUGCAUCAACAGAAUCCAUCUAGAUCUAGUGUUGCUUCAUGUCGAGCCUUGACCGGUGCCCACUUGCGAUCCUCUAUGUCUCAGACAGUCCGAUUGCUGAUCAAGACGCUUGAAUGAGAUAGUCCCGGAUCUCCUCGCAAGACCGCCGAACGAUGUCCGCCAUAGAGUACUGCGACGCUUCUAGAACGAGCAAAUCGGCGUUUGGAGCCGCGUGCCCAUUGACUGUGCUGUCGCUCUUGAUGGCCCGACCAUGCUCGACGUCGCCGGCUCGGAAGAGAUGACGAUGCGCCUUUAGGUAAGCUGGCCAGACGAUGUUCUGCCAGUAUCCCGGCGGAUCUUGCCACAUUUC